AUGGCAGCCGCGACUGCCGGCACAGGAUCCCGGUCCCUCCGUGCCCGGGGCUCCUCCCGGAGGUCCCUCCUCGCCCGCCGUCUGCAGCGUUCACCGCCGGGAUCUCAGUCCGUCCGUCCCGAUGGCUCCCGGGCUCCCCAGUUCCCCUACUCCCCGCAGGAUGUCCAGCUCCUCCCGCUGACCCCCGGCCCCUCUGUCCCCUCUGGAUGUGCCCCUGACACCCCCGCUCCUGCCGGGAUCUCUCCGUGUCCAGGGAGCACCAGGUGGGGCGGAGGGUCAGGUGCCUCAAACUUUUCUUUUCGGCAGGUCACGGGCUCCAGCGACCCUGUCGUGAUCUCUGAGGAUGUGCCAAAACAUCCUCGAGAGCUGCUCUCCUUCAAGCCCAAGCUCAAGACCAUCCAAGUCAUCACCAAGGACCUGAUCCGGGAGCUCAUCAUUCCCCAGGAGAAGCCCCAGCCUUGUCUCAUCAUUGGGGAGAAGGAAUACGAGAGGAUCAAGGAAUCAGCUCGAGUCCUGACUGAGGUGGAGCACUGGGACAGGGUGAAGACCCUGAGAGCCCGACAGGACGCUGCUUUUGAAGCCCUGAAAAAGGCCCAGAUGGAGGAGCAGAGAAAGGCAGAGCUGGAGGACAAGAGGGACUGCUGGGGAGACGAGGAGGAGGAGCAGAAGCUGCUGCAGCGGGCAGUGAGGAUGAGGCUGGAGCAGGAGGAAGAUGUGAGGGAGCUGAACACGCUGUUCCUCAAUGCCAAGUGCAGCAUGAUCUGGGACAAGCAAGUCCUGGAGAAGAGGAUGAUGCACAAGGAACUGGCGGAGGAGGAGAAGCGCCUGGACAAGAUGAUGGAAAUGGAGCGGGAGAAGGGCAUGGAGGUCCAGGAGGAGCUGCAGCGCCAGAGGAAGCAGGAGCUGAUGAGAGCCCGGCAGGACAUUGUGAAACAGAUGGAGCAGAACGCAGAGGAGAGGGCACUGAGGGCUGAGGAGCUGUACCAGGAGGGCCAGAGGCAGCUGGAGCGACUGGAGCAGAUGAAGAGGGAGGAUCUGAAGGCCUGGGAGCAGAAACAGGAGCGACAAAAGCAAAUCCAGGCUGAUAUUAAACGUUUCAACAUGGAGAGCCAGAGGCUGAAGGAUCAACAGCGGGAGCAGGAGAGGCUGGAGGACGAGCGGGUGCUGGAGCAGCAGCGGCAGAAGGCUGAGCGCGAGGCUGCCUUGGAGGCAGAGCAACACCAACUGCGUCUGGAGAAGGAGAAGGAGCUGGCCCGGCUCAGGGCCACACAGGAGCGGGCCCAGGCCUGGCAGGCAGUGCAGGAUGCUCUGAGGGCCAAGAGGAACCAAGAGGUCGCAGACCGGGAGUGGCGGCGGCGGGAGCUGGAGAAGGCGCGGAAGAAGGCUGAGCUGGAGCAGCAGCUGAAGCAGGACCAGCUGGAGCAGGUGGCCCAGAAGGAGCAGUACCUGGCCAUGCAGGUGCAGCAAGACCGCCAGGAAUUCCAGAGGGUGCUCAGGGCCCUUCAGGAGCAGCUGGAGCGGGAGAAGCUGGAGCAGGAGCAGAGGCAGCUCCGGCAGCGCGGCCAUGCCGAAGGUCUCCAGCGGCAGAUCCAGGAGCGGCAGCGGCAGCGGGAGCGGGCGGCUGUCACUGAGGAGGGCCGGCGGCUGCAGCGGGAGAUCCGGCAGCACAGCCAGCGCCUCGCCCAGCUCAGGCAGCAGAAGCUGCAGGAGUUCAGAGCCACCGGAAUUCCUGACAAAUAUUUUGCCCAGUUAGAGCGCAGGGCACGGAGCCGAGCCAGCAGAGCCCCUUCCUAGGCCCAGCCCCACCAGGAACUUAUUGGGGGCUUUCCCAGGAAAUCGUUCCUUUUGUGACCCUUUGGACUCUGAACCUUGUUGCUGUUGGUUUUAUUCUCUCUCGUUGCAAUUUCAGGAAAUUGUUCUUCUCUCA